AGGAUAUUCAAUAGAAAAUCAUGCCUAAGCUGAAAAUCAGCUCAAAAUCAGAAGCUCAAAAUCAAAAUUAAACUUUAACUAUGUAAAACUUUGAACAUUGUUCUGAUCAGUUUUGAUUUCAAGCAAUUAUUAAAAAUGCAAUAAACUCAAACUGUGUAGAAGCAGUUCCAUUUCUUUGAAAAUCAAUAUCAAGUUCGAAAAACAAGCAAAUAGCAACGCAAAAAAUGUUAACAACUCUCAUAGAAAAGAAGAAGAAACUUGAAGUAGUAAACAAAAUUAAUGAUCUGACAUUUAACUGUCGAGUAAAAAGCAUAGGAGAUGAUUUAAAUGCAAUUGCAUUAAAACUUAUAAGGGUUAAAGCUAGACUGGAUGUGAAAUUUUCACUUAAUUCAAUCAAAACAUUUAUGGACGUAUUUUAUGCCUCGUUACGUAAUUUAAUCACAUGAAAGGGAACGUUGAUGGAAUAAAAACAUUUUCUUUUGUGAAUAAACGAAAAAUUGUAAGGAGUGGAACAUAUGAAAGUAGAAGCUGAAUGGAGGGAGAUAAUCCGAAGUGGAUAACGCUUCCUUUAAAACUUACUUUUAUAAAAGUAGGAUUACAAACCUGAUUAAAUUAAAGUCCUUUUAUUAUUGUAUAAAAAAAUUUAUUCAAAGGUCGUAAAACGUCUUAAACCAAAGUAUUAAGGAAAAUUCGAGAGCCUGUGUCAUGACAGUGACAAAUCUAUGGUAACAAUGUUGUGGGAAACUCAUCCAUUGAUAAUCCUAUUGAUUUUAUUCCACUCUGUUAUUUUGUGGUUGGAUCGUAGGAGUGAAUUUUGUCGAUUUUGCACCUUCAUUUGCUUGCAACACUGCUGCGCAAAAAUUGUUUUACUUCAUACUAGUGUGCUGUAAACUAGAACUCCUUAAAAGUAUUGAAAAGAUUAUCAAACUUGAUUGCUUUGACUACCAAUCUAAAUAACCACUAUGGUAACAUCAUAUAAUAGACUCAUUGUUAAGCUCCUGUUAUAUGAUCAAUUGUCUUUUUCGAGUGGAAAGCUCUCGUAAGAAAGAGUAUCAAAGAAAUUAUCAAUUACAGACAGCAAAACUUAAUUGUUAAUGAUUGCGAACCAAAGAAUAAGAGGAUGAAGAAACACGUCAGUUUUAAAUACGUUUGUUUAAGAAGUUUCUAAUUAAAUGAUAAAAUUACUAAGUAGAUGACUAAAUCAUAUCGGAUGUAAAAAGAGAAAUAUCACAUUUAAAAAAAAACACAAUAAAACUUGAAUGUUAACAAUCCACUAGCAUGAUAAUCUUUAAUUGAUAAUAUAAAGCAAGUAUCGAACUAUGACUAAUAUUAUAAUUAAUAUAUUUUGAUGCUAUUUCAAGCAGCAAUAGAAUUACAAAAUGAUGAAUAAAAUUCAUACAGAAUUAAUCGUUACUUUAAAGCAUAAAAGCACUUAGAUGAUAAAUAAGUGGGUUUAGGGAAACGACUAUGUUAUGCAUAAAUACUUUUUUAACUAAAAAGAAAGUACUCAAUGUUAAAUAUUUUUCUAAAUAGAAGUUUAAUCUGUUGAAUAAAAGGAAAUGAGGAAAAAUUAAAAGAGAUAUCUUUACUUACAUACAUAAAUUGCUGUACUUUAUACUUGAGAAAAACAUCUCAUUUAAAAGUAAACAUAUUUAAACAGAGACAAACAGAGAUUGUAUGAUUUAAAGCGGAAUUAUUCCUGUAUAAUAUGAUGAUAAUAAGCAUAAGUGCAAUUCAUCGUGUGCCAAUGGAUUUAAAUCCUUAAAAACAUAAUCUGGUAAAAAAUAUGUCAUUUACUUUCUUAAGAAAAUUGAUACCAGAACAAUACAAAAAUAUUCUACGUACUGUCAUGACAAUAUCAUUGAUUCCUCCUCAGUGAAGAAAUUCACCAGAAAUUUUUGAAAUUAAACCUUUGGCACACAUUGAAAUGCAUUAAAGUGGAAAGAAAUAUCUUUACAUCCUUGAUUGCAUAACACUAAAUAAUUUUGUUAAUUCCUUAUCGUUCAUCAAUAAAAUUCUCAUUCCACUAGUAACACGAGACGAGAAGUAACAAUAAAAUGUAAUAAAAAUAAUUUUGAAAAUUUUCUCAUAAUUUUUUCUAUUGCAAAAUGUCAUCAAAUGAUUUGUAAAUAAAUUGACAAUAUCAAACUUUAGGGGAAGCAAACAAUAUAAUAAUAUCAUAGAAAAGAAGAAAAAUAUCUAUUUAACAUAUUAAGUCCAAUUUCUUGUGAAUGUUGUCAAAUGUUGUAAACUUUUCAUGAUACAAAAAGAUUUAACAAUACCUACUUGUUGAUGUCAUAAAAUGCUGCUACUACCAAAAUAAAGUCAUAACAAUAACGAUAACAAAAUUGAAUUAACAAACAAAAUUAAAAAAUAUGAAAAUAUAAAGUGAAAUGUUUUGUAAAAAAAAGACCCAAAAUUUAUUUUCAUGUUGAGAGUUGUACAAAAUAAAUUUUGAGAAACUUAAGAAUGAGAACGAUGACAAAAAAAGUAAAAUGAGAUUGAAGUUGUGUUGUAAUGUAUUUUGGAGGUUCUGAAGAGAAAAUAAAAUUUAAAAGGUAUCAUAAAGUGAAAGCAUUAAUCUUCAAUUUUUUGUUUAUCAUACAUUUUUAUUGUUUUAUUUAUAUUCCGU